AUGACGUCACUUUUAUGUCGGUGUUACCAUAACAACAGGACAGCAUCGUGUAGCGUAAUGCAGAAUGCUCCGAGAACAAAAUGUCAAGAAGGACUAUUUUUACAUGUUGGGUACAGUAGCCAGGAACAAGUUGCCAUAGAAACAGGUAUGGGCGGUAAAAUCACUGAUGACGUCGUUUCCGUUCUGUUGUCUAUGUUUUUAAAUUCCAAAGAUGUCUACACUAGCGCCUCUAACUCAGUUGAAUGCAAAGUCUUAACGUCAAAUACUUACAAAGGGAAUUUUCUGUUCAAAAUAUCGUCUGAUAAUAAUGUUGAUUUUUGCAUAGAGAAAUCACGAAACCUAGCGAGGUUAAUAAACGAACGAAACAAGGUGCUAACAGAAAUAGCGGAACUCUCCAUACUAAAAGUUGCCCAACUGGAAUACGUUCACAUUUUUCCGUCAAAAAAUAGUUCGAAGUUAAAAUGGAAAUCUAUCCACAGGGGGUACGAAGAUCAGCGACAUUUUAGGCCAUCAAUCAAUCGCGCUCCAUCUAUCAAAAGGCCACUAUCUACAUUCAUCUUCAUUAAUUUCCUCUAUCUUUCUAAAUUGUUAAGACCUAUUUAG